UGCCGUGAGAAUAACGUUAAAGAUAACAGAAUAUUCUCGAUAAAAAAUAAAUAUUCUGAUGAUUUAGUUGUAAUAACUAGUUGAACAAACAUGUAUUUUUCUAAAAUACCAAAAGAGCCCCUGCAUCUUAUCCCAAAGAAAAAAAACCUAACUAGCCCUCAGUUGCUCUAUGGAGAUCGCGUUCACUGUCAUCUCCUGCAUCGGUCCGUCGUCUUCAUCCCUCUGUGGCGUCGUCUGCAGCGGACGCUUGGUGGUCGGCCGUUCGUCGCCUCCUUCUCUCUGCGUUGGUCUGUUCUGCGUUAUUCUGUUCGAAAGUCUUCUGCGCUAUUUUCCCAUCCAAGCAGUCACUGUCUCUCGCGGUGCUUUGCCUCGCCUGAUGUCACUGCGCCGCAUUGCACCGCACCGCGCCGAGCCUCGCCGCGCCUGACCUCCCAUCUGGCCUCUCGUCCCCGUGCUGCGCCUCUCCUCGAUCUCCCUGUACUCGAUCUGUCACAAAAUAGAAACCACCUUGGGUGGAAGCUGUAUGAAUGAAGUUUAAGGAUAAUGUGGCGAAGAUGGAGGCUCAGAUUGACUAGGUUGGAUGCAGGAUUUGCGGCUGCAGUGGCUUGUUCCGAUUGACUUGUUGCAGUUGAAGGGAAUUUUGGAUUCGGAUUUAGUGCCAUUGAAGUUGAGAUAUAUACUGCUGAACCCAUGCUUAUGUUUAUCUAUUUAAUUGCCCUUCCAUUAUGUUAUGUGGAUUGAUGCCUUUAUCUUUAGUUAUAUUUUCAUCAUCAUAUAAUGGAAUGGUUUUUAUUUUAGUCUAUACAUUAUUGUUAACUAACAACUAUAAUUAAGAUCUUAUAUGAGUGUCUUGCCAUGCCGGAGUAUUCUUUCACUAU